AUGGCAGAGACCCCCGCUGCUGAUCCUAGUGCAUCUGCAUCCCUCGAGUAUUGUCCAGAGGCUGCUUCAGUUACUACAUCUACCGCGGUGACUGCCGAAAGAGCUUACUACCAUUGCGGUAAUUUCUUCAUCAAGCGUGGCCUUCGACCGAGCGAGUACAUCACCACCCUCCGAGGCACAAAGCAUAUUCCCAAACUGGGAAAAGAACGACUACAGAACGAAGCCGCGGUACUGCGUUUUAUUCGACGCGUCAGCAACAUCCCCGUUCCGACCUUAUACGGUGCUUUUGACGUCGAUGGCUCUUUCACAAUAAUCACAGAGUACAUUGAUGGCGUGUGCAUGUCGGAAUUAUCAGAAGAUCAGAAACACACCGUCCGUACUGAAGUCGAGCAACACCUGGCCACACUCCGUGGCAUCAAAUCGAAUUAUCUUGGUGGCCCUUCAGGGAUAGUCAUUCCACCAUAUCGGGUUAUGUCGAUCUCUGAUCGAAAUGAGUGGCCUCAGAAAGUUUCCAAAACCACUAGUGGUGGGUAUGUUUUCUGUCACAAUGAUCUUUCGCAGCAUAAUAUCAUUGUCGAUUCUCAGACAUUGAAGAUCAGAGCUAUUAUCGAUUGGGAGUAUGCUGGAUUCUUCCCCGAAAAAUUUGAAAUGCCGCUCUACAAUAGACGAGGUCCGUCAGUAGCUUUAGAGGGCGAAUAUGACGAUUCCGCGGAAUUAGUUCGGUUUAUGGAGGAUCCGUGA